UUGAGGACGCCGGGGAAGACAAAAAUCACAAGGCGCAGAAGAAAUGUUGUGUCUACAAGUACAUCCGCGUGGGUCAAAGUCUCGGGGAGAUGUUCUGCGUGAACCGCAUGUUGAAGUGCCUGUUCUGCGGCGAUGAGUUCCAGGGAAACCAGUACGUGGCGGCACGCCAUUUCAGGCAAGGGAAAGGGUGUCCGUCAGUGACCGAUGAGGCGCUGGUGGACAUAAACUACAACUCCCACUACAAGCUGGAAGGCAAGAUCCUUGACCACAUGCUCCGGUUCGAGGAGCUUCACGGUCCGACACCCGCCAUGGAUCCGCGCCUGGAUGAGGGAGGGGCGGGACAAGAGAGGGGCGACGAGGAGGUGGUCGAUGUUGACAACGUCAAGGAUGAGGGUGCGCGGGCAGCAAGGCCUGGUCCAUCGACGAGGGACCAAGGAAAGGACGUUGUUCACGAGCCGUGGGGCCAGCAAGGUCGUUUCCUUCAGGAUGCGCACGUGUCGGCUCACACUCAGGUGCAUCGCUAUGCGGAAGACGUGGCGGCUGCUGUGGGGAAGAGAAAGGAGAGAGAGGAGGCGGCGAGGCCGGGUGGACAAAAACGGCUGAGACAGAACACCAUCACGGAGUCGUAUUCUUCGCAAUGGCAGAUGGAGUUCAAGAAGAAGUUUAUGAGGUUUGUCUACAGUCAGCGUUUGCCGUUCAACGUCUUCCGGAGUGAGCCAUGGAAAGAAUUGGUAAAACACUUCAGGGACUUGUCGAGGCCAGUGAAGGUUUUGUGGCCGUCACAUAACGAGAUCGCCGACAUGGAGACCGUUGUCCGCACUGCUGACGAUGUGGCGGGUGAUCUCGCAGAGGUCAGGGCUCCUUUCUAUGUGACGGGGGCCACCAUCAUGUCGGAUGGCAGGAAGUCAUGGGAUGCCAGACCAAUCGUUAACUUCCUUGCCUGCGGGUCGCGCUGAGUGAUGAUGGUGCGGACAAUGAACAGGGAGGGCGAGC